AUGUGCAAAAUCCGCGAUUAUUCACGACAUCUCCCAGAUCCUCAGACCCAGCUGGCUAACUUCUGCGCGACUGCGCUUGGCAAACAGACCAUGUCUGGAGAACACGAGAACGGCUCCCCCGCCGCUGGCGGUCAAGAUGCCCCCCCCGCCGUCGAGCACCUGAACAUCAAGGUCACAGACAACAACAAUGAAGUCUUCUUCAAGAUCAAGCGGUCAACUAAGCUGGAGAAGCUGAUGACUGCUUUUUGCGAGAGGCAGGGCAAGGCGAUCAGCUCUGUUCGUUUCUUGUUCGAGGGCCAGCGAGUGCAACCCACGGACACCCCGGACACGCUUGAGAUGGCAGAUGGCGAUACUCUUGAAGUUCACCAGGAACAAGUCGGUGGUUCCAACUAG